AUGGCAUAUCAUCCACCCAAUAAUUACCGUUCUCGACCAGUUGCAAUAUUAGGAGCGGGUGCGUUAGGCCGCCGGAUUGGCUACAACGUCCACGUCCGUGAUCCUAGCCCAGAACAGCGUAGCCAAUGUCCGCAGUAUGCUGCAGAGUGUGUUUCGACCUACCAGACCAUGACUGGAUCCAGUGUCACAGGAGAAGUCAAAGUCUUCGAAGAGGUUGAGCCCGCAGUAAGCGAGGCGUGGCUGGUGAUCGAGGCUAUUCCGGAGAAACUUGACCUCAAAGUCUCAACCUUCGCCCUACUAGAGAGGAGUGCGCCGCAGGAUGCUCUGCUUGCCAGUAACUUGUCUUCAUACAAAUCGUCGGAGAUUGUCGUCCAACUCUCUGAUUUCGUUAAACAACGGGCUUUCAACAUGCAUUAUUACAUGCCACCCGCAAACAUGAUUGUAGAGCUCAUGACGGAUCAAGCCACUUUACCAGAGAUAUUCGAAUUCUUAUCUACAAGAUUAAGGGAAACGGCGGCACAACCGUAUAUCGCAAGAAAAGAGUCAACUGGAUUUAUCUUUAAUCGGCUGUGGGCUGCUGUUAAGAGAGAGAUUCUCAUGAUCAUCUCUGAAGGUGUGAGUGAACCAGAAGAAAUUGACAGCAUAUGGACGGAAGCCUUUAUCAAUACGAAAAUGGCACCGUGCAAAACAAUGGAUCAGGUGGGCUUGGACACCGUUGCGUUGAUUGAAGGUCACUAUGUCGCCGAGAGAGGGUUGCCAUCAUCUCAUGUAGAUUUCCUCAAAGCUGAGUAUCUCGACAAGGGCAAGCUUGGAGACAAGAGCGCUAAAGGAGGGCUCUUUCUGAAGUGA